CCAUACCGCAUUCCUUCCUUCAAAGGCAUCCGAAGAACCAUUGCAAAACCUCCCGAAAGUUUCGCUCUUUGCCACUCUUGGAAAAUUCUCAGUUCUAUCCCAGAAAUCAACUGGAUUUCGUUGAAAAGGGUAAAUUUUGCUUUGAUUCAUUCGAUUUCGUUGCGCGAUGCGAGAAAUGGAAAAGUCUGCGAUCAAUACAGCAACAGCUACGCGUCCCCCGCAAUUCUCCGGGAUGUUUCAGAAACUGGCAAUGGCCGUGAAGACGAAGACCUUCGAGCUCUUCUCCGAGGAAGACAACGACGGCGGGGCCGACGCCGAAGGCUUCGCGCUCUUGGAUUCCGCCGAGGAUUUCAUCACCGAUCAGAAAGUCGUCGUCAUCAAACCCGAUAAGCCUCUCAGUGCCAAAACCCCCACUCCUGGGUCUCCGUCGGACGAUGCCCCGACAGGGAAUUUGAACGUGGAGCGGAGACCUGAUCGAUCGGAGAAGCCGACCCAUCUCAGGAAAUCGGAUGCCCAGAUGUGUCAGAGCUUGAUUUCGUCGGCAUUCGCAGCGGUUUCGUCUUUCGAAGCUUCGUACCUUCAGUUGCAAGCUGCGCACGCGCCUUUCGCGGAGGAGAGCGUGAAAGCAGCUGACAGGGCUCUGGUCUCUCACCUCCAGAGAUUGUCUGAUUUGAAGCGUUUCUACAAGGAUUUUCGCAAAAAUUCAGAUUUUGAGCACGAUCUGGCAAUUGGAUCAUACUUGGAAUCACAGGUGCAGGAGAAUCAGAGCAAGCUCAGGGCUUUGGAAACCGUGUCGAACCGAUUGCAAGCGGAGAUCGACGAGAAGGACUUGCAAGUUUGGACUCUGAGGAACAAACUAGGUGAAAUCCAGAAAUCCAAUUCGAAAUUGUCGAAGAAAUUGGUUGCUAAUGCGGUAUCACCCACCGAUAUUCUAUUAUCGGUUAAGGUUUUUGAGUCUUUGCUACACGAUGCCUGUAAAGCUGCUCAGAAGUUCACCAAGAUUUUGAUCGAGCUGAUGGGAAAAGCUGGAUGGGAUUUGGAUUUGGCGGCUAAUUCAGUUCAUCCUGACAUAGUUUAUGCUAAAAAGGGACACAAUCGUUAUGCAUUGUUAUCAUACGCCUGUUUGGUUAUGUUUCGAGGUUUUGAUGCAGAAGGAUUUGGUCUUGAUGAGGUUGAAGUCGUCGAAUGUGAUAGGCUUGCUUCUGAUUCUGGCAAGACUAGUAGUUCACUUAGGGAAUUAAUGCAACAUGUAUCAAGCAAUCCAAUGGAGUUGCUGAAUUCAGACAGAGACGGUUGUGAGUUCUCAAAAUUUUGCGAAAAGAAGUACCAAGAGCUCAUACACCCGAACAUGGAGCUGUCUAUAUUCAGCAAUAUGGAUCAAACUGAAGCGGUGCUGAGCUCUUGGAGGUCUCUGAGCGCAUUCCACGAGUCGUUUGUCAACAUGGCUAGCACGAUAUGGAGCCUUCACAAGUUAGCAUUGUCGUUUGACCCCGUGGUUGAGAUUUUUCAAGUCGAGAGAGGGGUGGAUUUCUCAAUGGUGUACAUGGAGGAUAUCCAAAGGAAACGUGAUAGGAAGUUACUGUCAAGUCCAACUCGGGCGAAAGUAGUAGGCUUCACAGUGGUUCCGGGAUUUAAAAUCGGCCACACGAUUAUUCAGUCUCAGGUUUACUUGAACGGCUCGAAGGGUAUAUAAUAGCUGAGGCCAUGGUUGCUCUUGUGCUGGGGAUCAAACCGGAACAUGGUAUAUCUUAUCCGGGCAUCAAAGAGAUCAACGGACAAGAAAUUUCCUCUGUUUUAAGCACAGAAAGGUUGUUAAAUCCAUAAGCUAUGCAAUGUUUGCAGAAAGUGGGGAUGAAGUAUGUAUAUACCAUCAUCAACGUAUAGGAGGGUGUAAAGUUCUGGAUUUUUUUCUUCUCUUGUUUGUGCUUUGCUCUUGGACUGAGUUCAUCAUAAGGAUUAAGGAAUACAAGAAUCUGAUUAUGUAUUUGUUCAUCUAACUUGUAACAGAUUGAUAAUCCAAUGAAACUUCGUGAAUUUUUGUU